AUGCGCCUUAUACACGCUCUAGCAGCACUCUCGCUCCUCUUCGAGACCCCGCGCGCUGAGGAUAAUCACGAAGGCGCAAUUCAGCGACACAAUGCCGAAAUCGAAGCUGAUUUACUACGUGAUGACAAGCCGAUCCGCGGCGUGAGGAAGAUGAGCAGUGACGAGGGCGAGAAGUUCUUCUUGGAUUAUUGGUCUUACGAUGGCUCCGAUGGAUUAUCAAUGGGCAAUCAUACCGGCACUGAUAAUGAUGUUACCGAUGACAACAUCCAACCAAGAUCCUAUCCAUUCCAACCAGCGUCCAUCAAACAAGCACGAGGCAUUUCCCUCUUGCAACGAGACUUCCAAUGCCCCGCUGGCACCACCGGCUGCACAUCCAUCAACCGCCCGAGCAGCUGCUGCACAACCGGAGACAUCUGCGAGUUAGUCCAAGAUACUGGGUCUGGAGAUGUGGGCUGUUGUCCGCAGGGACAGACGUGCUCUGGGGUUAUUGGAUCGUGCCAGUCAGGGUAUACGGCUUGUCCGGCGAAGCUUGGAGGAGGGUGUUGUAUUCCGGGGUAUGAGUGUGUUAGUGGUGGUUGUGCGUAUGUAUCCACCGUGACGGUUACUGUCCAUUCAACGGUGUUUGUAUCUACCAAGACCUAUACGACCCCUCCGUCUAGCUACAUCCCUAGCAGCACGAGCACCGGCACCAGCAAGACAAGUUCCGACGACCUCGUACCUCCGGCCCGACCAACCAGUCUUUCGACAGCCACAACCUCCAAAUCAAGCAGCGAGACAGGCUCAAUCUGUCCGAUCGGUUUCUACGCCUGCUCAGCGGUGUAUCAAGGCGGAUGCUGCCGUACAGGACGCGACUGCGAUACAACCUCCUGCCCAACGAUAUCCUCGACGGCGGUCGUGUCCAACAACGACGAGACUAUCGUGGCGCCAGCAGUGAGUACGGGUUCUGCGUCAUGUGCGAGUGGGUGGUUUGGCUGUGAUGAGAGUAUGGGUGGGGGAUGCUGUCCGACUGGUUUUACGUGCGGUUCGGCUAGUUGUACUGCUUCUACUGGAGGGAGUGUAACUGCGACGGGGACUGUUGCUAAAGAGACUGGGGGUGGUAGUGGGAGGUCGUUGGAUGGGAGGAUACUGUUAAUUGUACUAGCAAUUAUGGUGUUAGUUUAG